CAGAAGCCACGCCGAAGCGGCUCUUCGCUGGGGAGGCCAGCCGAGGCGUGGACGUCUUCGCCCCACGCCCGCGGGGGAGCUGUCGCCAGUGCCACCUGUUAACCUGCGCCGCCAGCGGGAGUCCCUGCCUCUGAGGGGCGGGGGAGCCCUGGGUCGCCUCGGGGGUCCUCAAGGGCUUGGUGUUUAAGUGCCACUUUUUGAGGACUUGGUCAGACUUCAGACCCCUGGCAGAGAGGUAGCCAAACUCCAGCUCUGGCAAGUGCCGGGGCUGCACGACGCCCGCAGGCUGUGGAGGAAUCCGAGUUUGCGGGACGCACUCGGCCUGGACCGCGGGUGCGGGGCCCGGAGGCCGACGUCUCCAGAGGGUCUUCGAAAAUAUGGGCUUUGUUGUUUGGGCAACUUCCCAGGGGGCUGGAGACUGUAGCUGGCACGGGUGAGGGAAUGUGAACAGGGGUUCGGCCCCAAUGCUGAUUUUUCCUUAUCUCAAAAACAACCCCAAUGAUGCUGCCCAGGAAAGCCGAGGCGCGCUGAGGCCCUUUCCGGCUGCUUUCGGAACUGGGGCGAGGGGGUAAAGUCGGAGCGGCAGAUUUCUUAUGCUCUGAUGCCGUUGUCUCCACAGUGGUCUGAAAGAACUAUUCAGGAUUCCUAUUCCCAAGUGGACUUGGAGCCGCCUCAAAUGCAGAGAAACUGAAGCACAAGCGUCGGGAAGUAUUAUGUCGAUUUUCCAAGGAACCGGGUUUGCAGCACGGAGUAAAAAAAAACUCGGAAUAGAAGAAAACCUGAGGCGUUCUGCCAGCAUUUGAUGCCCGGGGACUUCCAGGGUUGCCCAAAUUGUGGAUGAACAAAUUUCCUACAUUUGCAUCUUAUGUCUUCAAAGAAAGUAUUUUCUGUUCGCUGCGCUGGCUUUUUACUAUCAUCCGUACACUGUCUCUUGUGCAGACUUAAGCGUUUUCAUUCAAUGUGUGCGUGCGUGUUCUCGCCUAGUAUGAUCUCUAGUUGAAAGCAAAUUUUUGGUUUUGGAUGAAUCUGUGGAGUUUACGUUGUAAGAAGAAAAGGGGAACCAGACACGAUGAAAGAAAAGUCCAAAAAUGCUGCUCGGACUAGGAGAGAGAAGGAAAACAGUGAAUUUUAUGAACUGGCUAAAUUAUUGCCUUUGCCCUCGGCUAUCACCUCGCAGCUGGACAAAGCAUCCAUAAUCAGACUUACCACCAGCUAUCUCAAAAUGAGAGUGGUGUUCCCAGAAGGGCUGGGGGAGGCAUGGGGCCACUCGAGUCGCACAAGUCCCCUGGACAAUGUUGGCCGUGAAUUGGGCUCCCAUCUCCUCCAGGUAGAGCUGACUGGAAACAGCAUUUAUGAGUACAUUCACCCAGCAGACCACGACGAGAUGACAGCGGUGCUCACCGCCCACCAGCCCUACCACUCUCACUUUGUACAGGAGUACGAGAUAGAGCGCUCUUUCUUCCUGAGGAUGAAGUGCGUUUUGGCGAAGCGGAAUGCUGGUCUCACCUGCGGUGGCUACAAGGUCAUUCACUGCAGCGGCUACCUGAAGAUCCGCCAGUACAGCCUGGACAUGUCUCCCUUCGAUGGCUGCUACCAGAACGUGGGCCUGGUGGCCGUGGGCCAUUCGCUGCCUCCUAGCGCGGUCACUGAGAUCAAGCUGCACAGUAACAUGUUCAUGUUCCGCGCCAGCCUUGACAUGAAACUCAUCUUCCUGGAUUCCAGGGUGGCGGAGCUCACGGGUUAUGAACCUCAGGACCUGAUCGAGAAGACCCUGUACCACCAUGUGCACGGCUGCGACACCUUCCACCUGCGCUGCGCGCACCACCUGCUGCUGGUGAAGGGCCAGGUGACCACCAAGUACUACAGGUUUCUGGCGAAGCAUGGUGGCUGGGUGUGGGUACAGAGCUACGCGACCAUCGUACACAACAGCCGCUCCUCCCGGCCGCACUGCAUCGUUAGCGUCAACUACGUCCUCACAGACACAGAGUACAAGGGGCUGCAGCUCUCUCUGGAUCAGAUCUCAGCCUCCAAACCAGCCUUCUCCUAUGCCAGCAGCUCCACCCCCACCCUGACCGACAGCAGGAAGGCGACCAAGUCGAGGCUCUCCAGCUCGAAGUCAAAAUCCAGGACCUCGCCUUAUCCUCAGUACUCGGGCUUUCACACGGAAAGAUCAGAGUCGGACCACGACAGCCAGUGGGGCGGGAGUCCCCUGACCGACGCGGCCUCCCCGCAGCUCCUGGACGCGGCCGAGCGCCCGGGCUCGCAGCACGACGCCGCCUGCGCCUACCGCCAGUUCUCGGACCGCGGCGCGCUCUGCUACGGCUUCGCGCUCGACCCCGCCCGGCUGGUGGAGGACCGGCACUUCCACAGCCAGGCGUGCGAGGGCGGCCGCUGCGAGGCGGGCAGGUACUUCCUGGGGGCGCCGCAGGCCGGCAGGGAGCCCUGGUGGGGCGCUCGCGCGGCGCUGCCGCUGACCAAGGCCUCCCCGGAGAGCAGGGACGCCUACGAGAGCGGCGCGCACCUCGCCUCGGUGCACCGGCUGCACGGGCGAGGUCACUGGGAUGAAGAUAGUGUGGUCAGCUCUCCAGACCCUGGGUCAGCCAGUGAAUCAGGUGACCGAUAUCGCACGGAACAGUACCAGAGUAGCCCACAUGAACCUAGCAAAAUUGAAACUCUUAUAAGAGCUACCCAGCAAAUGAUUAAAGAAGAAGAGAACAGAUUGCAGCUAAGGAAAGCGCCCCCAGACCAACUGGCUUCCAUGAACGGAGCAGGGAAAAAACACUCUCUAUGUUUUGCAAGCUAUUCACAGCCCCCACCAACAGGCGAAGUCUGCCACAGCUCUGCCCUGGCCAACACUUCACCGUGUGACCACAUCCAGCAGAGAGAGGGAAAGAUGCUGAGCCCCCACGAGAAUGACUAUGACAACAGCCCCACUGCACUGUCUCGGAUAAGUAGUCCCAAUUCUGAUCGCAUUUCAAAAUCCAGUUUGAUCCUAGCGAAAGACUACCUACAUUCGGAUCUGUCUCCUCAUCAGACAGUGGGAGACCAUGCUGCUGUUUCUCCAAACUGCUUUGGCUCUCACCGGCAAUAUUUUGAUAAACAUGCAUACACAUUAACUGGAUAUGCCCUGGAACACUUAUACGACAGUGAGACCAUUAGAAACUACUCCUUGGGCUGCAACGGCUCACAUUUUGAUGUAACUUCCCAUCUGAGGAUGCAGCCAGACCCCACACAAGGGCACAAGGGAACGUCUGUUAUAAUAACCAACGGAAGCUGAUGUUUUAUUCUUUAAGAACAACUUGGUUCUUCGAGGAUCUCUGAAAUAUAUUUAUAGUUUAAUACCCCAUUACCAGCAUUUAGUAUGCUGCAGAUUGUUAGGAUAACAAUUACUGGGUAUUUGACAUGUGUUCUUGUGAAAUUAAGAAAAAAAUAACACUGACUUUCAGGAUUAUAUACAGGGAGAUAACAUGAACACAUAAAUGGCCCCUCUAAUUAUAUGCAAACCAGAAUAGUAUAUUUUGGAAGGAAAAAAUGCUCAUGUAGAUCAAGCAAAUGUAUACUCCACAUGAAAGGGCUGAUGAAUGCCAUUGCAUUGUGAGGAUGCAGUGAAUUCCAGGCACUCAGGCCUCUGUUCACAAACAUCUAAGUACACUUUACAUGCAGAAUUAGAAAACAUGGACCACACAUAUGCCCCAAAUGGGUACCUUUCUUUAACUUUACCACAUUAAGGUUCUUAAAUAAAUUUCCAUUCCCAACAUAAGGAAGAGACAGACCCAUUUUAUAAGCUGACUGCUUUCUAAUUCCAGCCCAUUUGGUUCAGACGUACGUUAGAGAAUGGGUUCUGGCCAUGGUGUGAGAGUGAGCUUUCACCUGGUAUCCAUUUCAAGCAAUCAGGAAGUGGUGAUUUUUCACGUUAUUUUUGAGCUGGACAAGGACAAGGAUUGCACUGACGUAGCAGUCAGGGUUUUUCUAAGUAACAGCAUUGAGAUGUUGGGAGAUUCAUCAAAAAUAUGGGAUGCUCAACUGGAAGCCAGUUUAGUGAAGACGGAAAGACCAGAGACAGAGUGGAAUUAAAUGACAUCUCAAAACAAACAAUUUAAGGCUCAGCAUAGAUAAACAAUAUAUUUGGGGCUUGCUAAUAAAACCAGUGAAACAAAACAUCAAUUUCCCAAGAAAAAAGGUUGACAAGUACAAAAGUGACUAAAGAAAGCCAGUGAAGUGCUACAUGACAGCAGUGUAAGUGUUUGAAAAGUUUUCAAAGCACAGAUGUGCCAGUGUGUUAGCAUGUGGAAAGCCUCAGGAGAGAAUCUAAGAUAAAAGCCUACGCAAAUAAGCAAGUAUUUAGAAGGGUGGGAGGAAUGGGAGCUUUGGACUGAAGGAACAGCCAAAUGUUUAUAGACAAAGAACAAACUUGUUGUUACAGCCGUGUAGUACUAAGCAGUAGUCUGGGUUAGUCAGGGGUAGUUCCAAUGAACUUUCUCUCAGAUCCAGCCAAAAUUUAGGUGAUAGGAAAUUUUGAAAGGGAAGAAAAAUAGUAACAUUUAUUUAAUGUGAGGUUCUCCAGUAGCCAAAGUAAAAUGAUGUGAAUGAUGAGAGAAAUUUCAGUGAUUAGCUUUCAUAAGGGUCACAUUCCUGGAAAACUUUCCAUACUCCAAGAAGGGAAUGCACUGAAAGAAUGUGACCUAUAAUUUGGAAGACAGAACAUGACAUUGGACCCAUAGGGAUUAGUGCGAUAAUUUCAACAUUUAAUAUGGCUGUUUGAGAGUUCAUAGCUUGGUGACAAUCCGCAUAAUAAUAUUUUGAGAGGUGAACGCCAGGUUGAUUGUACAUGAGCAAAGAAGCUAUAUACAAUGAAAUAUCUUUCUUGGGAAUGACAGAACAUUUGCCAGUGUAGAUACAAAAAGGGUGACGUAGGUGAGAAAGGUAGUAGCUAUUUAUUUUCAAAAAUAUUCAAAGUACAAUGAAAGUGAAAUUUUAAACUACACAAGAAAAGUUAUUGAGUAAUUUUGAGAAAAUUACUUGUGAGGAUCCCUGGAAAAUGUCAAAUGUCUAGCAAUUUACAUCAAGCAAGGUUUUAGGAAAGCUAAAGAUUUUGCAAAAUUGUGUAGAUGGAUAAAUGUUUCAGAGAUACAAAGAUUAGAUAAGCAUGACCAAUUUGGAAAGGAAAUCCAUACUGAUGGCUUGUAUUGAUGAACACAUUCAACCAAGUAUAUCAGCAGUAGAUACUGUAAGAAAAAUGGAAGCUUGAACACCAACGACAAUGAACUGAUAAUAAAAAAAAGACAGUUAUUACUGGGACUUCAGUGACAUUUUUUAUAUGGCAAAUAAUUAGUAGGAAGAAUAAAUUACAAACUCCCCAAAAUAGGGUUGAUCAGGAGGAAGAAUUUUUUUCUUAAAAUGUUAUGCUCAAUAUUUUAGUGGAAGAAAAAAUUAACUAACUUAGUUUCUCUUUUGAUCCUGGGAUUUGAACCCUAGGACUUCCUAUUGAGCUAUACUCCCCAGCCCUUUUUAUUUUUGAAACAGGUUCUUACUCACUGGUCUAGGCUGGACUUAAACUCCUC